CAGUGUGUGUUUGUGUGUGUGUUGUGUGUGUGUGUGGAGUCAAACAGGUGAGUCUAUGUGUGCAGCCGGAGGACAGACAAGGCGACGAGAUGCCGUUAUUCAGCUUGUGGAUGGUCCUGCUGCUGGUGCCAGCAGGGACACAGGCUCAGAGUGGAGAUGUGGACAGUGACAUUGAGCCCAGAAUUAACUGUGUGUCUCACAUCAGUCGGACAAAGGGAAACAGUAUAACCUGCAACCUCGCUGCUGUCGAAACUGACGGCGAGGAUGAUGAGGAUGAUGUGGGGGAUGAUAUAAAGAACAUGACUGUGUGCGUCUCUAAAAUGAUCGACAACAAAUUCUUUUGUGUGGGGAGUAUUGGGAAUACCGUCAUCUCAAUGGAUCUGACUCCUCUCACUGCUCCUUUCACCCUGACUGUCCAGUUAAAAGGAGGAGGCAAAAUAAUGAAAACACUGGACCCAAGGAAAAUAAUUAAACCAAAAAGUCCUCAGGUGUUGAACGCCACAUUUUACCCAAAGGCAGACCGGGCGGAGAUUCUCAUUAAAAGUCCAUACCACAAUGACUACCUUAAAGCGAAAGAUCUGCUGCAUCAGCUUCACAUCUGGAGUCCCCGCGACGUGAUGAUGCGUAACAUCACGUCAGAGCCUUUGAUCAUCGAAGGGGAGCAUCUGCAAAAAAACACAGAGUAUCAUGUCAAAGCGCGGACGAUACCAAACAGCCUUUUCCAGGGCACGUGGAGUGAGUGGAGUGCCACUCUCAGUUUCUCAACCCACAUUGAACCCAAAGACACCCCUGUGCUGAUGUACAACUUGAUGGCGGCUCUUGUUGCGUUGUUCCUGGUUGUUUGGAGCAUUGUUUUCUUCUGGAAGAAAAAAAUAUACACCUAUAUGUGGCCAAGCAUUCCACAUCCUAAACACACUCUUGUGCAGAUGUACAAGCCGAUUAAAGGCCUCCCAGGGACCUUCAACCCCGAGACGUUUGGUGACCUUGAAAUCUACCCGGUGGACAAAAUCGAGGAGCAGCAUCACGGUGAAGCAGAGCUGAACGUUGCUGCUGAUGAUAUUCCAAAUUCGAAGGAUCCCUGCUCCAGCGAGGAGUCCAGCGGGCAGACCUCCGACAGCUCCAGAAGCAACACUAGCGUCACCACAGAGGAGUCAGAGGUGUCCACGCUGCUGAGCCAGAGCUCCUCAGGGGGGGAAGACGACCUGCAGAGCAGAAGUCCAUCCCCUGUGGGCGUCCUGCAGCCGGGACAAGGACAGGACAGAGCCGACCCUGCGCACAACACUGGAAAAAAUUACCCUGAGAUGUAUGGAGUCACGCAGCAGGGCAAGGAUGAGGCUUACGUCACCAUGUCCAGUUUCUAUCAGAUCAAGUAGGUCAAGGGGACAGAAGGAUGCAAUGACAAAGGACGAGAGCCUUUUGGAUGUAGCUGCUUGGUUUUAUAAAUUGCUUUUUAUUUGACAAGAUUGUAUACAAUUAUGUAUUUUUAAAGGACCGUACCAGUGGAUUUGCAUGUUUAGCGUAAUAUCUACAAAAUGGAUUUACUGUAUAUACACAAUUCUUGUAAUCUUUUCCCAAUCUUUUGGUCAUAUUUUUUAGAACUCCCAUAUCAUUUGUCCUCCCUUUUAUCCAGCCAUUAGUUUCCAUUAAUUCCACGAUGAUAAGAAAAUGAACUUUCAGAGACUUCAACU